AUGCCGACGGGCAGCGCGACGGCGUGGUUCCUGCUGGCGACGCUGGCGCUGACGGCGGCGGCCACGGCGCUGCUGUGCGCCGCCAUGAUGACCGACCGCUGGGAGCAGCUGUCGUGGAGCCGCGCGCGCCUCAACCAGUCGCUGGCGCCGGUCGCGGCCGAGUGGCUGCUGGGCGGGCGCGUCGCGCGGCUCGUGCUCGGCGUGACGCGCCGCCUCGCGCCCGGCUCCGCCUCCGCCUUCAGCCGCCAGGAGGACGCCGUCUUCCUCGUGCCCACGCACGGCGGCAUCUGGACGCUUUGCACCUCGCUGACCGAGGAGCAGCAGCAGCUGCUGUCUGAGGUGGGCUUCACCAGACCGGACUGCGUGCACUACCUGUCUCCCGAGGCGGCGCGGCCCGAGGAGUCGCGGCCCGACUGGCAGCACCGUGAGUACACACCGUCCACUACCUGUGACGUAGCGCAGUCCAAGUAG